ACCUCACAUAGUCACAUAUCCAAAAUUUUAAGUUUGUGUUGUGUACUUGUAUCAAAAGUAUACGCCAUCAUCUAUUUUCUUUAAAAUGGUUUUGGAAAUUUUAUCAUUUGAUAUAAUUAAGAAUUUUAUUCUCUCUCUUUAUUUUCCAUCCUUAUGUAGAUUAAAGAACUUUCCUCAAGCCUAUUAAAAGAUAAUUAAAUAAAUCCCCCUGAGAAUUUGACUCAAAUAAUCUAAGGUGUAGCAUUUAUGUUGCAGAAUUACAUAUAUGUAAGUGCGUCUGAUUGAUUUUGUCCACUAAAAACUAUGCACAACCUUUUUCUCUACUCAGUCGUGUUCUCUCUUGGUCUCGUUUCCUUCAUCACAUGUUUCGCAGCCGAGUUCAAGAGAACACAGAAAGAAGAUAUUCGAUGGGACACAGAGAGGAACUGCUAUGUACCCGGAAGCCAUGCGUUCGGGCUUGGAUCAGCCGCUGUUCUUUGCUUCUGCCUUGCUCAGAUCGUUGGGAACAUAGUUGUGUUCCGAAAUCACCGGACAAGAACUAAAAGAGAAGAUGGUUACAAGAUUACUGAUCUUACUUUACCUACGGUUCUAUUGCUCCUGUCCUGGUCCAAUUUUGUGGUAGUGGUAUUGAUUUUGAGUACCGCAAUAAGCAUGAGUCGAGCUCAAGCGUAUGGAGAAGGAUGGCUUGAUGAAGAUUGUUACUUGGUCAAAGACGGUGUCUUUGCAGCUUCAGGCUGCUUAGCCAUCCUUGGACUUGGAGCUUUGACCAUUUCAGCCACCAGGAUCAAAGUAAAGAAACAACAACAACUUGUGCAAGUCGUAAUCAAAGACCAAAACCAAGACCAAAGGAGAUCAAUGGAAGAAGAACAAAAGCAUGAUGAGCACCAAACGAACAAGUCAGAAAGUGUCAUUCACUUGGUGGAAGAAGUGUCUUCCACUAAUAUAAGCAGAAUAUAAAAAUAAAUAUAAAACGAAAAGUAAAAGGGGAAAUAUCGGAUAUGCUAUUAUUUACAAAGAUGUAUAUAAUUGGUUAAUGCACUUAUUUAAUUCAUCCAUCAACCACUUAAGGUCACCUAGGAUACCAAUUAAAAGAAUGUCGCGAUAGUUUCAACUUGUGUAUAAUAAUUAUGCAUUAUGCUAUUUUCUUCUUUA